UCAAUGUUAGAAUACUGCAGAAUGUCUUCCCUGAUUAUCAUUUGAAAACAAAAUGGUGCAAAUGCUGGUGAAAAACGGUGAUAUUUCAGUUUUUCUUCUAUAGCUUAUGUUGUUCAGGGAUGUUUUCAGAUUUUUUUUCUGGCUGAACUCUGGAGAUGUAUGAGCAAGUUUGGGAUCAAUUUGAUACUUGUGGUCUCUGAGGCAAUACUGUGGCCAGAAAUUUCUAUAAUUGUGGUUUUACAUGUGACUAGAAUUGCUGGGUUUUGGAUAGUCAGCAUCCCUUGGAAGUACAUUGUUUCAUUGCUAUGCUUUGUAUUACAGUUAGAGAAUAUUAUUUGUUUAUGACCCAAGUGCAGAUCUUUUAGACUCAUCCCACUUCAUAAAGAUGAACAGGAUCAGUUGGUAGCUUUCUAACUGAUCAUGCAGGUAACUGCAAAGAGAUAAGCUGUUACUUGAUUGUAUACCUAUACCUCACUUGUUAUCCAUCUUGGUACUUGAUCAAACAUCAGUAAUUUUUUUCUGAUUCAAAGGACUUCUAUCUAAAAAAAUACCCCUUGUUAGUUUAAAGGUGAUGCAAGCAUAAAGUAGCCUGACAUUAAUGUAUUCAGAGUGGAAAAAUAAACCUGCAACAGCAUCGAUAAGUCCAAUUUAUUCCAAGGUCAUCCAUGACCUUUGAACCUCUUAAAGAGAAGGAUGAAUUACCAUAUAUUUGAUCAGUUGUCUAUUAAUAGGAGAGGGAAAAGCAAACUGAAUAGCACCAAAAAUAGAUUAAUUAGUUUUCUGAUUGCUGUUUCUGUGGUAUUAUUUUGUACAAAACAGCUGUUUUAUUAAAUAGUCUUGGAGAUCAUUUAUGCCUGUAUGGCACUGAAGUAUUGGCAAAGUGAAAGAAGUGGUUUGAGGAUAUUGGCUAUGAUGAGGAGUGACUGAUUAAACGAAGCCUGCAUUCCCAUUUAAAAGAAUGAGAGGCAGUCUAAUUGAAACUUAUAAAAUUAUAAUGGUGCUCGGCAGGCUGGAUAUUUCAAUGGGUGAAGAAUCCAGAACAAAGGGACAGACUAGGAAUAGGGGUCAGGCCAUUUAGAUCUGUGAUAGGGAGAACUUUCUUCACUUGGAGUUUGGUGAAUUGUGUGGGGUGGAAGAGUGUCUAAUGCUGCCUGAGUAUUGGCAGAGCCCAUGUAGGUUUAUUCAUUAUGGAAGUAAACUGGGAAUCCAGUUUUUUGGAUUAACGUUAGCAUAUUUUCACGUGCAUUUGUAGUCUGGGGGAAGCAAACUAUCAGGCUAGUCUGUGUUUCUGUAGUGAAUGUGAAUGAAGAAGACUCUUGCUUUUGACAUUCUCAGAUUCUGCCUCUAAAGUUUGAAGAUGAACAGGUAUGCAUUGAUCUAUGUGGCAGUGUAGUUUCUGAUGCAGAAUUUUGCUCUAGUGAACCUCUAAGUUAUUUGCAUCCGAAGUGUGAUAUUUUGCCAGCUAAGCCCCCUGCUCUACUCACUUUAUAAUUAUGACUGUGAGGCUAAGCACAGUUCCAAUGCCAUAUUUAAGUUUGCUGACAACACCACUGUCAUUGGCGGUAUCAAAGGUGGUGAUGAAUUAGCAUAUAGGAGGGCUAUUGAAAAUCUGGCUGAGUGGUGUCAAAACAGCAAUGUCCACAAGAUAGGGGAGCUGACCUCAGGAGGGAGUCGUCAUCAGGGAAUCAGAGGCGGAGAGGGUCAGCAACUUUAAUUUCUUCGGCGUUAUUAUUUCAGAGGAUUUGUCCUGAGUCCAGCAUGUAUGUGCCAUUACUUUAUUAGAAGUCUACAAAGCUUCAGUCUGACAUCUAAAACUUCGACAAAUUUAUAUAGCUGUGUGGCGGAGAGUUUACUGACUGGAAGCAUCGCAACCUGGUGUGGACACACCAAUACCCUUAAACAGAAAAGCCUACAAAAAGUAGUGGAUACCGCUGAGUCGAUCACAGGUUUGGCUACACCUGUGGAUCUGAAGUUAAAGCUAAUUCCAAUUCUACAGCAUAUGCAUCAUGAUGCCACUCUUGCAUCCAGCACCCGUGUGCUCCUACAGCAGCUAGUGGCAUUGUACCCUUCCACCAAGAUGGUAAUAGUUACCCUGCAUACUUUUACACAGCUAGCUGCUUCGUCACUGGUUGAUAUCCCAAAGCAGAUUCAGCUUUUGCUGCAGUAUUUGAAAGAAGACCCUAGAAAAGCUGUAAAGAGGCUUUCUAUUCAGGACCUAAAGCUGUUAGCCAAUAAAACACCACAUAUGUGGAGCAGAGAUAACAUUCAGUCUCUGUGCGAGUGUGCCCUUCAGAGCCCUUAUGACAGUUUGAAAUUGGGCAUACUUUCAGUUUUGUCCACGUUAUCAGGAACAAUCGCAAUGAAACAGUACUACUAUAAUUCACAAGGAAGUACGACGACUCCAGCACAUUCUGACGACCUGAUAAAACUUGCGCAAGAGUGCAGUUACCAUAGCAACUGUGCUAUUGCAGCUCAUGGUGUUACUGUUCUAACAAACAUUGCAUCCUGCUUAGAAAAAGAUUAUUUGGGUUUGGAACAAGAUGCAGUCUUUGCUCUGGAAUCCCUCCUUGUUCUUUGUAGCCAGGAAAGUAACAUAGGAGCACAGAACGCUUUAAAGACUGCAUUUACCUGCAUGGUGAAGUUGAUGUGUCGUUGUCCUCAUCUGAGCCAGCCAGUUGUUGAAUCUCUGCUGACCCAACUACAUACUGCCCAGGACCUCGCUCGGAUUCCAAUGUGCCACUGCCUUGCAGCUAUAGCAGUGCAAUUGCCCGUCUUGGGAGAGGGAAUGCUGGCAGAGCUCCUGGAAUUGUACAAGAUGAUUGGAUCGUCAUCUACAGAUAAACAGCAGGAACUAAUGGUAGCAUUGGCUACAGUUAUUUUUGUAGCCAAUCAGAAAACUAUGUCUACAGAUGUUAAAAAUGUGAUAAAACAGCAACUGGAAAAUGGAGCCAAUGGCUGGACAGUUUAUAAGAUUGCUCGUCAAGCAUCCCGGAUGGGAAACCACAAUAUGGCUGGAGAGCUCUACCGUGGCUUGUUAACUCAAGUGGCCUCUGAACAUUUUUAUUUCUGGCUAAACAGCUUGAAGGAAUUCUCAAAAGCAGAGCAGUGUUUGGCAGGCCUACAAGAUAGCAAGUCUAGUGUUGCACUGGCUUGUAUUGCUGAGGCUUUGAAACACUACCAGAGGGGCAUAGCUUCUUUGACAGCUGCAAGCACGCCCACCAAUCCCUUGACUUUCCAGUGUGAGUUUGUUAAGUUACGGAUUGACAUGCUGCAGGCAUUCUCACAGCUGAUCUGUACCUGCAACAGCCUGAAGACAAGCCCGCCGCCUGCAAUUGCCACAGCAAUUGCUAUGGCAUCAGGAAAUGACUUGCAGAGAUGUGGCCGUAUUACCAACCAGAUGAAGAUAUCAAUGGAAGAAUUCAGACGUCUAGCAACUCGUUAUCAUGACCUUUAUCAAUCUUCCUUUGAUGCUGAUUCUGCCACCUUGAGAAAUGUUCAACUACAGCAACAAAGUUGUUUACUAAUUUCUCACUCUAUUGAAGCAUUAAUCCUCGAUCCAGAUUCCGCCAGUUUCCAAGAGUAUGGAUGCAAUGGGAAUGUCCAUGCUGAAAGCGAGUAUGAAAGAAGCAUGUUGUCUGUAUUUGCCCAGGUGCUGGAGGACAUAGAGUCUCUUAGCAGAAAGUAUCCUCCUGUUUCCUACCUGCACACCAUGUGCCUCUGUGCAGCUGUAAUAUCCUUGCUGAAGGUCCCCUUAUCAUUUCAGAGGUAUUUCUUCCAAAAGCUUCAAUCAACUAGCAUCAAGUUGGCACUGUCACCUUCACCUCGCACUCCAACAGAACCAAUCACUGUGCAGAAUAAUCAGCAAUUGGCUCUUAAGGUGGAAGGUGUUAUCCAGCAUGGCUCAAAGCCCGGCUUCUUCAGGAAGAUUCAGGCAGUUUGUCUGAAUGUUUCCUCCUCAGUGCAGAACAAGGGUGUGCAAGAUUACAAGGUAUUACUGGAGAACACGACAAAUGAAAUGGAACAGCGAGUGGAACCCCAUAAUGACUACUUCAGCACACAAUUCCUGCUAUGUUUUGGUGCACUUGGGAACCACAUUGUUACUGUUGAAGCUUCUGUCGUUGACUCAAAUGGUAUUAUUUGGAAAACAGGACCAAAAACUACCAUUGCUAUCAAAUCCAUGGAAGAUCCAUUUUCCCAGCAAUUACGGCUACAGCAGCAGCAACAGCAGUCACAACAGCAAUCACAGCUGCAGAGGAAUGCACUUUGUCGGUUUUAAUAUAAAGCCCUAAUAUAGCAAAGAACUGCCAGUUAUCUGCUGUGCUGCCUCAUCAGGAAGCUCGUAGCCCAGGGGUCCCCAACCCGAAGUCCCUGGCCCCUUUGGUUAAUCGUAGGGGUCCAUGGCAUUAAAAAAUCUUGGUAACCCCUGGUGUAGCCCAAAUGACAGAUUUUGUAUAGAAAAUCAACUUUGUAUCCUCUCAAAUACAAAUUGAAACUUCUCUACUUUUCUUGCCACUGCUAUUCUAUGAACAUUUGUACAUUCCAUUCUCCAGCCUCUCAGAAUGAAGGUGAUGAUUUAAAUGCUUAAAGUUAAAUUUGUUAGAAAGUAUGCUUAAUAGUGAAAUCUAAUAAAACCUUGCAUUUGUAAGCAUGUAUUGAUUUCAUUUUUAAAUCUGUUUAACAACUUACCUCUUUCGGCCAACUUUGAAUGGAGUACUUGGAAAAAAGGAGUUAAUGACACCU